GUUUCUUCAAAAGUUUUGGAUCUGAUUUGCAGAGUACGACACUCCACGGACCCCUACUCGGUCACAUCCCAUGCUCCUUGGUCCGAAGUCGCGGCGGAAACCGCUGCCGCAUGGCCUCUUCCUCCUUGGUUUUCCGGCGAUCUGAUCCCGCAGAUUCUUCAGCACUCCUCAAAACUGCAAAGCAAGUGUUUCGUUUUGCAAAUUCCUAUUGGGGCUCCUACGGAGAUUCACUUCUCGCUGCUGUUUGCCUUACUAUUGUUCCUCUUCCAUGCCUAUCAGGUCACCGCUCUAUCCAUGCCUUGCUAAUCUAUAGAUGUGGAGAUGUGGAGAUGUGGUGUGUGCGACGGAAUGGGGAUGUGGCCUGCUAAGAAAUUUAAAAGCAGGGCAAUUUGGUCAAAGGAGGUUUACUUAAGUCUUAUGCUAAUUUGUUGUCUUAUUUUUAGAAAAUUAGUAUGAUUAGAUCCUAUUUGUUGAAAUCUCCCUAUAAGAAAAUGUAACUUGCUGAUGAAAGCUGAAGUGUAACUCACGCUAUUAAAUAUGUAACUUGAUAUAAAUGUAAAUGUAAAUCAUUUUAUUAGAAAUGUAACUUCGCAAGGGACGGCUCAAUAGGACAAUAAAGAGUCAACUCAUCGUUUCAAUGAAGAACUAAUACAUAGUGAGGAACUUAAGCUACGGUACACAAAAAGGGAGGGGAUUCUCAAAGAUGGCUAUCUCAAAUGCAGUAAAUCAAUCCCAAAGUUAGGAGCCGGAGUUCAAUUCCUCAUCUCCUUAUCACACAUCCAUGCCCUGGAUCGAUCGGCGGGUUGUUGCUUGACAGCUUGAGAGCAGAGAUACGCAGCUGCCAGAUGAUUCCAUUGUAGGACAGCAAAGCUUUUUCUUCAGGCUUGGUGGGAGGCGGCUCAACAGGAAUCAGGAUCCAUAACUCCCGACGCUUCUUCCUUGCUCCAAAUCAAAUCAGCUAGGGCAUGAUGGGUUUACACAUUGGGAGUCGGCAGACUGUUUUUUAUUAAACAAAACGCCGUCGUUUGGGAUCAGCACACGCUGCGCAAGCUGGACCGAUCCCACGGUAUAAUUUGCGCAUAAUCGGAGGACCCAGGGGCGGAUGGCUGUGAGGGGCUCCAGCCCAGCCCAUAUAUGUUUUUUAUUAGUAGAGGUAUAGGUUUUAGGGAAAAUGGAAACUAAUAAUCCAACCUUUUAGCGGUCUUUUUUUAAUAGUCCGAUCUUUGCGUUAUUCAUGAAUAAUCCAACCUUUGCACCUCAUCUUCAUUCAUUGGUCCCCGACCGGUUGAUGACCUGCUAUUCCGAGUUAUUUUCUUAUCUUUGCAAACUAUUAUACCAUGAAU